GGGCUGUGGGAGAGGAGAGCAAAGCAGAGGAUACAACCCCGCGAGAGGGACCCGGGCGCGGGGCGGGCUCAGCCACCAACAAUCCAUCCUCGCCCAAUGGCGAGCGGUUCGUAGCGAGCCCCUCGGUCCCCUCCCCUGCCCACAGAGCCUGCUCAGACAUUGGGCCCAUUCUCGCGUCCCGCUUCCCAAGACACGAUGGCUGCGGCGUACAGCGGGUUUUGUUUCCUCGCCGAACAAAGGCGGGCGGGCGGCUGCCGCGGGCUUUAGCUUCUCAAGAUGAGCGGGUGAAGCCGGAGAAGGCCGAGCAGGGAGAGCUGCCGCGUGGGAGCGACACGGGGCACAGACAGGGACCGAUGUGGGCUGUCAGCGAGGAACCGCGCUGAAAGCGGCCGAGCCGCGGGCGGGAGCUCAGCCCCGGCCGCUCCGUACCGGGUGAAAGGGUUCGUGGCAGAGAUGUGGUAGCGAGGCGCCAAGCAGCCUCCCUGGGAUGCGUUCCUUCGGGAAGAGGAGACGUCGCUGCCUUAUUUUAUGGAUGUCACUGAAGUAGACUUUGAAGUUCUUUGGAAGCACGUCACAAACUUGGCAUGGGAAACCACAGCAACAACCAUACCUGUUUGACAGAUGAUUCCUUCAAGUACAACUUGUAUGGAGCCGUGUACAGCGUGGUCUUCAUCCUGGGCUUGAUUACUAACUGCGCCUCCCUCUUUGUUUUCUGCUUUCGGAUGAAAAUGCGAAGCGAAACAGCCAUUUUCAUGACCAACCUGGCUGUUUCAGAUCUGCUUUUCGUGUUCACUUUGCCUUUUAAAAUCUUCUAUAAUUUCAACAGGCAUUGGCCUUUUGGAGACAGCCUGUGCAAGAUCUCUGGCACAGCAUUUCUCACCAACAUCUACGGGAGCAUGCUGUUCCUCACCUGCAUCAGCGUUGACCGUUUCCUUGCCAUCGUCUAUCCAUUCCGAUCUCGCACCAUCAGGACCAGGAGGAAUUCUGCCAUAGUCUGUGCUGGUGUUUGGAUACUGGUCCUCAGUGGUGGAAUUUCAGCUUCCUUGUUCUCCACAACCAACAUUUCCAACACCAGCACAACCUGUUUUGAGGGUUUCUCCAAACGUAUCUGGAAAACCUACCUGUCCAAGAUCACUAUAUUUAUUGAAGUGGUGGGAUUCAUAAUUCCUCUGCUACUCAACCUUACGUGCUCUUCUCUAGUUCUCAGGACUCUCAGGAAACCCGCCACCUUGUCUCAGAUUGGGACAAACAAAGAGAAAGUGUUGAAAAUGAUCAUUGUGCACGUGGCCAUUUUCGUCGUGUGCUUCGUGCCUUACAAUUCCAUACUCUUCUUGUACGCUCUCGUCCGCUCCCAAGCCAUAGCGAAUUGCUCCUUGGAGAGGUUUGCAAGGACAAUGUACCCAAUCACGUUGUGCAUCGCAACAAUGAACUGCUGCUUUGACCCCUUCAUCUAUUACUUUACAUCAGAAUCCUUCCAGAAGUCUUUCAACAUAAAAACCCAGAUAAAAAUGGAUUCUCUUUUCAAGACUGAGACACCUCUAACAAAGACUGCGCUACCGGCACCACAGGAUGAAAUAAGUGACCAGGCUAUCACAAAUGGAGGAGACCCAACAUCUGAAUCACAUUUCUAGGGAGAUGUUUACACCUGGAGUCAUCCCCCUUUUUAAACUUUUGAUUAACACCACGUGUGAAGCAGUUGUUUUCAGGAUAGGUGGGUUCACACGUGGUAUUAACGAAGAAAAAUUGCUGGGGGAAAACUACAGGUAGACAAAUCCCAACACUGGGACAGUCCCAUCAGAUACAACAGGUGAACAUGGAAUAGAAAAGUCCCAAUGGAUCUCCCAUUGGGGUCUAUGGAUAGGUAACAACAUACACACCAGCUACGAGGAGGGAGCAGAACAGCUUCUGUAAUCAGAUGCCAACAUUUGGCAUUUUUCCCCCCAGCACUCGACAGGAGAUCAGUUGGGAAAUAGAAAAUCUAAUUUUCUUAGAGAUGCCUGACAAUGUUUCAUGCCUUCUGGAGAUGCAUCAUCAUAUGUUAACUCAGUAACUUCACAGAAUAUGUAUGUUUGCUUAAA